UCAAAUGUCAAACGCGACUAUUUCGUCAACAGAGUCGUGGCGCGAUAGUUGGAUUUUAUGAAAUAACAACAAAUACUUCUACACAGUGCGUUUGACGGACAAUGGAUAAUAAACGAUAGAAGUCAGUAUAUUUUUUGCGUCGUAGAAGUAACCAGCGUGUCGUGUUAAUCUGACGAAUGUAUACAGAGUUGUUGCGAUUCCAAUACUUACCUAUUGAUUUUUGUUCUUCGCCGGUUUUGUAACAUUGUCAUGAAGGUUUCAGUUACAUAGAACGCUAUAAACUUUACAAACUUGUAACUUAACGUCGUGGUCAUUGAUUAAAAUUAUAAAUAUUGUGUGAAACAACAUUUCCCUUGGUCUCAUUGAAGAACAUCGUGGGAAAACAUACAUUGUGUAAAUAUGGAGAAGGUGGAGUCAGCACUAGAUGUACUAUCGCGUGCUGCAACGAUGGUACAGCCGUGCCCUGCAUACCCUGCCAGCGAUUCAGACAGCUUCGAGACUCCAAGCACUGCAUCCAGUGGCGAAUCAGAGGGUGAUCGCACCCUGUCUCCGGAGACGCCGCGAGUGCAGCCCAAGGAACUGACUGGCAAAUGGCGCAGGGAGAGACGGAACACACGUCUCCCUGAUUAUAGACCGAGGGAGAACGGUAAGAUGGCGCUCCGGUCGCAGUCUUUUAACGAGCGGCGCUGCGUGGCGUCUGUUGCGCGGGCGCAGCCGCAUAGUGAUGGAGAACUAUCGGACGAGACUGAAGAAGGACCCGCUAACUUAGCAAUUAAUGGAAAACGGGCACCUCCAGAAUACCCGGUUGGAAAGAACGAGGCUCCGAUAGACAUGCGCCUGCGAUCCCGACCCGCACCGCCGCCCUACACGAGGCCGUCUGUCAUCACGAAGAGCAAUGAUACUCCACCCGGUUCAAUGUCAAUGUGCGACCCUGUGAUCGAUGAACAUUUCCGGCGUUCACUGGGCGAUGACUACAUGAACUUAUUUAAGAAAAACAACCCAGAAAGUGCACAGCCUACACCAAAACCCAACAUGAAAGACCGAGCGAGUAGCCCUAUACAGUUCAAAACUGAAGAGCUCCCGAAACCUGCAAAAAUAAUAGCAAUGGAAGUGGACGACGCGAGUAUGUCUGUAGACGACCACUUCGCAAAGGCGUUAGGGGACACCUGGAGGCAAAUACAGACAUCAAGGUUAAAAGAUAACGAAAAAGUACAGCCAGCAAGCAAGGGUGGCGUCGACGACCACUUCAGUAAAGCCCUCGGAGAGACGUGGAAACAAAUUCAAUCGUCGAAACUCAACUUAGACACAGAUAACGAAAAACCUAAAGAUCAAACGACGAAAAUUAUUUCAAGGAGCGGAGUAGUAAUAUAAUAACGGUAGUUAAGCCGCUGGGUGGUUCGGUUUACGGCCUUGUAAAAUUUACGAGGCAUUUUCAUGAUACUAACUGGAGUAUCAAUAAAUUCCCACUUGUUUUACAUAAAGAAAGCUAUUAUUUUGAUAAUGGGUACGGAGUGUGUGCCAGUUGUGACGGUGCCUUUACACCUGGCUGGCGGUACUUACCGAAAGAUUUAUUCCAAUAUUUCUGUUACUCGGUAUGUUUAGAACGAUGUCGUUACUCUUGGCAGUCGCCAUUGUUUAUCGUAAAAUGUUCAAGAUAACAAAAUGUCAAUAACACGUUGUGACGGUUAAUAAAAACAUUGUAAAACGUGGUUGGAGGCACCUUUAUGUUUAAUAGAAAACGAAAUCCAUGACAAUUCUGUUACCUUAGGUUUUUGGGUAAUAUUUUUGUAUUGUUAUUUAAAUAGUCAAUUAGUCACCAGUUACACAUUGUAAGUUAUUACCUCAAUAUGAGCGCUUUUGCACAAUUCACUAAUAGAUUUAAGAAAUAAUGUUGUAAAUAAUAGUCAUUGUAUGGUUGAGAGAUAGAAAGGAUAUUUAUGAAAGGCGAUAUUUAGAUAUGUUUGACUAACUGUGUUUCAUUUCAACAUUAAAUGUUCCUCGUGUAAAUGUGUGUAUGUGCAAGUAAAACUUCGAAUGUUCUGUAUGCCCAUCGAAAUUUUACCCACGUGAGAUAUUGUGUCAGAGUGUAGAUACUUUAUUUUGAUAUUCGAUAAGUGUGUGAGUAUGGAGAAUAACUAGUAAGGAAUGAAAAUAUAAUGCACAUGAGAAAUGCUUGAUGAGAAAAAUGAUAGCAAUGUUACUUUGUUUAUGAUUUAGUUGAACUUACUUGUUAUAAGUAAGUUUAUUGAAAUAUCUCAUUAAAACUUGAAAUAAUCUCAUUGUAUCUCUCUUUUGUAUGUUUUCUAAGAUGAAUGGAGGUAAAUGUUUUGAUGUGUUUUACAAAACUUAGUUUUAUAUUAAAGUGUCGAAUGCUAUUAUGUUUCUCAUCAAGUUUUCAUAUUUUGAUAAAUUGGGGCAGCUGGCUGUCUCCUAUGUCCUACGACUUAGUAAUAUAAAUAUUAAAUAUAAUUCAGUUUGAUGUAUGUAAAUAACGUUUUCCUAUUUAUGCACUUUAAUUUAAGUAUAAUGUCGUUGAAGACGAGCAAAUACACAU